AUGGGAUAUUCAGGAAACACAUACUGAUGUGAAAGUCAGGUGUCCACAUACUUUUGGCUAUAUAGUGUUGGUAGGUGGAUGGCUAUUCAGUCUCCAAAUGUACUAAAGGUCCCCCCACGCACAGACAGACACCAGUCUACCAGUCCUGGCUGAAGUCUUGCCGUGAGGAUGUUGAUGUUAACAGCUUUGCUUACACACUGCUUCCUGCAGCUAACUGUUGGAAUGAGUGUGGGUGAUUUCACGCAAAAGUCCAAAAGAGAAUCAAGGGAGGUAGGAGAACCAGCAUCUAUCAACUGUAAAAUGACUGCUUGGUCUGAGUGGGCGCCCUGUGACCCUUGCACUAAAACCAUGCAUCGUUCCAGGGGUAUUGAAUCAUUUGGGCAGUUUGGAGGUCAAAGAUGUAUAGAACCCAUUGGAGAACAAAAACCUUGCAUACCACCAACUCAAUGUGUGGAAGAUCCACCACCUGUCUGCUCCGUUAAUGAGUUCCUCUGUGAAUCAGGCCUCUGUAUUAAAAGCCGGCUGAAGUGCAAUAAUGACAAUGACUGUGGUGACUUCUCUGAUGAGGAUGGGUGUGAAAAUCCCCACUCUCCAUGUGGCAAUGUGGAUGUGUCUGAGUCAGACAUCGGUCUGCAUGCUGGAUACGGCAUCAACAUUCUAGGCUCAGGCCCUCGCAUGAACCCAUUUAAUAACAAAGUAUAUAAUGGAAUAUGUGACCGUAUCAAGGAUCCAUCCAGUUUGAGCUACAAGAGGCUGCCCUGGAAUGUUGCUGUUCUCAAUUAUGAAACAUUAGUAGAAGAAACUACUUCUAAAGAGGUUUUUAAGGACGCUCACUCAUUGCUGAGUGAAAUCACCCACGAUAUCACUUCUAAAACAAGCAUAGGAUUAUCUUUCAAGUUCACACCUACUGAGACGACAAACACCUCUGUGAGUGGUUCAGCUGGAGUGAACUUCGAGAAUGAAAAGAAUGAAAUGAUCAAAACUAUCACAGAACACAGCACCAGUAAGGAGAAAUCAUUCUUCAGGGUGAAGGGCGAAGUGCAACUAGGCACAUAUAGAAUGAGGUCUCGAGGUCUGGAAGUCUCUGAAGUAUUUUUGGACGCCAUAGAUGCACUGCCUGUAGAAUACGAAAAAGGACAGUAUUUUGGCUUCUUGGAGGAUUAUGGGACUCAUUACACCAAGAAUGGAAGAGCAGGGGGAGAAUAUGAACUUGUAUAUGUCCUCAAUAGUAAAGUAAUCACGAACAAGAAGACGACAGAAACUUUACUGAAGAACUGCUUGAAAAUUGACAUUAAUGCAGAUUUCGAGUACAGUGGAGGUAGUUCAAAAGGUGUAAAAACUGUACCAACAGAUAAGUGUAGAGAGCUGAAACAUGAUACCACAGAGACUGAUAAGGGUGAGCCAUUGAUUGAUAAGGUGAUCAGUGCAGUGAAGGGAGGCUCCACACAAUCAGCAGCGGCCAUGAAGUCUCAGCUCAGUAAAGACGGUGUGCUAGACUGGAAUCAUUACGUGGAGUGGGCAAAGACACUCACAGACCUGCCUGCACUCAUCCACAGUGAUCCUGAGCCCAUCUACAAUGCGAUCCCCCUGACAUUCCCUGAUGCCCAGCCAAGGAGGGAGAACUUGCAGAGGGCUCUGAAAGAGUACAUGGCAGAGUACAGUGUAUGUAAGUGCCAGCCAUGCCAGAAUGGUGGCACCGUGGCCCAGGUAGAUGGCAAUUGCAUAUGCCUGUGCCCACUGCAGUUUGAAGGCCUUGCCUGUCAGACCAUCCGUCAUAAACUUAUUAAAGAUAAAGACCAGCCAAUAGAACAGCUGGGGAACUGGAACUGCUGGUCUUCCUGGUCUAGCUGCAGUGGAGGACGUCAGAGCCGUACUCGAUCCUGCAACACAGGUGGCAUCGCAGGAGCUACCUGCAAAGGAGAGAUAGUCAGCGAGGAAUAUUGUUAA